CACGUACCAUGCACCGAGUAGGCCUUUGUAGACUGGCAUGGACCGAGUCGAAGCUACCACUGGUUGACUUUAUAGCCCAUAGGUGAACAGAAAGCUCUGUAAAACAUGUGGACCCUGGCGACGUGGUGCUUUGCCUGUCUUAUCACAGCCUGCAAUGCGCAGUUGACUGGUGAACAAGUACAAGAUGUACGUGUCUCAGUUACCAGCAGACGAUCACUCGUUAUCCCUUGCGUUGGCCUGAAACCAGACGACAAAGUCAGCAUUCUUCAUUGGUACAAAGGAGCCACCAUAGAGGAGGCGUUGAAUACUGUCCUCAUUCGCUACGACAGCAGCGGAACCGGGAAAAACUACACGGCGGGUGAGAAGUACCAGUUAAGGGCUGACUUCAGUUUGAUCAUCUACCCCGUUGAGCCGACUGACGCCGGCAGGUAUUGGUGUCACGUGGUCAUUGAGAAUUAUGGUGUGCAGCAGGAAGACCCAGUCGAUGUGACUAUAGUGAGCCCCGUGGAACACGUGGUAUCGUCUUGCAGCAAAUUAGUGGACAAUGUCUGCAGUGUCAUUGAAUCUCGGCGUCUCAUUUUGGAUUGCUGGGCUACUGACGCGUUCUUGAAACCCAAUUUAAGUUGGGCGUUCAUUGGUUGUUCUGAAAACACCAGCCAGUCCCAACAAUGGUUUUUGUCUAAUCAGCGGUCGAUCUACGACGAAGAUACCUCAACCUACAACGUCAGCCAGGGGGUCUUCUUAGGCAGGUUGGAACUGGAAAAAGAUGAAACCUGCUCCUUUCAAUGUACGACAACAGGUGGUGCUAUAGUCAAUGAAUCAUCGACAAUUGUCAACGGAUCGUCAAGUAUAACAGUCGUCGUCACAGGAAAAGGUAAAAAACCUAAUAACGGCCAGGAUCCAGGCGACAACACUGGUAAUGACAACACCACACCAAGCAGUGGGCUUAACCUGGGUUUCAUGGCUGUCAUUAUCGUGCUGGCCUUCGUUUCCUUGGUGUGCUUGAUCGGUAUAGUGUACCUCUUCUCAAGGGUCUGGUGUUCUAGAGGAUCCACGUUGACAGCUGAAGAAGUCGAGAUGAACAAAACUAAAGAAAACCGUGAUGAGAAAAUGUGCUUGCUUCAUGCCGAGAGCGGCAAAGGAAACACCCAGGACAUCAUAGGCGAGAUGACCCGCUGGCAAUAUAAGGGCAAGCUGUCCAAGAAGCUCAAAGGAACGGGGGACACACUGCAAGGAGUGACAGGUGUCUUACCCUCAGCAGGUGGGGGACUGGUUAUCGCUACUCAAUACGGUCUUCAAUGCUUCUCAUCAAACUUCACCUCCAUCUCGAUCAAAGAGGAUUCGGACCUGUCUCAGGAUAACAUCAUCAGUAUUACCAACCAUCCCAACUGCGACUUGCUCAUUGUUGGCCUAGAGACAGGAGGGCUGGUCUUUGUUAACGUGCUGACCGGUAAGACCAAGUCGGUGUUCCCGAACGAGAUAGAUCCCGACUCCCAGUUUAGCACCUCUGAGAUUGCUGUCGAUGACGUCGGUACAAUCUUUGCCGGGCCAAGAAACGACAGGUCCAUCUUCAUGAUGGAGACAUGCACCACCUACGUCAAGAAGUUCCGAAUCGACAUCAACCUGGUGAGCCUCACAGCUUACGGCUCCAAGCACGUCUUUGUCAGCAACGGCAAGGAUACUAUUAAAAAAUACCACUUCAAAAGAGCAAAGGGCGGUUACGACAUGCUCAAAUUCAAGAACUGGAUCAGUGUCUAUCCCAUCGGAAACUUUGGGAUCAAACGAAUAACUGUUCACGCCGGACUACUGUACGCCGUGAAUGGGUAUGAUACUGGCUGCAGAAUACUGCAGUACGAUGUGGAAACCUUUGACAUCCUCCAGACAUUUUGUACAAAUCUGUGUGAUCUGCAAGGACUGUGUUUCUUCGGAGAAUUCAAAGUGGCCUUGUACGAAACCAACUCCGUUAAAAUAUACGAGAAGAGGGAGGCCGAUGAACUUGAUAACUAUGUUCUUGUCUGAAGGAUGGAAGACAUAAAACGUCAAACAGUGCCAGCACAUUGUCAGAAUGUGCAGCAGAGAAUAAGAAUUUUAAUACAUAUACUAACAGGGACAACACCAACAACAGUAUUGGUAAGAUACUUUUAAUGUGGACAGCAACAACAAUGACGAAAGCAUCGAUUAAAAUAAUCAAGAGCAAUAGCGUAUCGUCUGUUGUCACUUCUAUGUGCAAAAGUGGCGGACAAAUCAAUCCUCGAUCCACAUUAGAGAAAUCAAACCACAGUUCAAGUCGCCGGCCAAGUGGAACGAUGUAAGGUUCCAAGAGAUGUGUUAGGUUUUCCUUACGAAACGUUGAAUAUACCGUGUUUAUUUCCAACUGAGGAAAUGCUCAUGCUUGUUCUCAAUCGUGUACUUCUUUGGUUUCAUUAUGUUGAGUAGUAGUUUCGAAUAUAAAUCUACUGGAAGCAAACCAGCCAAAGUAAGCUUCUUUUCGUCUGUUUUUUAUUUGUUUAAAUCCAUGAGCAAAGGUUUUGACUGCACGGGGGUGUUAUUUAGCUCGGGUCAACCUUCCUGAUGUAGGCCUACUCUUUGACACUGUUAGAUUAAUCAAAAUCAAAUUAUAGUUUCUUUGAACCAGUUAUUUUUCACUUUUCCUCACCCUAACCCCGCGAUUUCCGACCGUGUUGAUCAAGGGCACCAUGGAUUUAUUCGGAACUCGAGUCCCGGAGUUUUUCGUCAUAUUAUUAGUUUUUUUUCCUGAAUGUUUCCACAUGUUUCCAAAACCCUGUCAGCCACAAUGACACGGAGUGUCUGUUAGGACGCCAUAGUCUUCCUGUAAAAAAAUCACCGUGCAUUUAAUAAAAGGCCUGAGUGUUGGUAUGUCAGGAAAGAUGAACCCAACUGAGUCAUGAGGAAGUAACAGGUAACAUUUCAUCGAAGUGACAUGUGUAUUUACAGCAGAAAGUAACCAGUAAACCAUAAUCACGUUUAUGUAUUGACAGACUGAAAGGGGAAGUACUUGCUACUUCAUUUGAGUCAUCAGUGCAUUUGGUUUUUAUUAUAUUCAUGUGCUAAGGUUUAUGUCCAUAGGUGCUGGUCUCAGAUCGGAUCAGCCCGAAAACAUUAAAGGGAUUUCUUUUAUAAAGUAGGAUGAAAUAUUCUUAGGCUGUAAUAUAAAAAAGUGGAUUAAUUGCCGUAACUGCAAGGUUUUAAAUCGCUGAGAUCGUUACGCUUGUUUGUAGUAUAUUUUGCUUUGGUUUUGAGUGAUGUCUCUUCAUUGGCAAACAGCGCUUCUAAACUGAAGUAAAAUGGACCUUUAGAUUUCCUGAAUUUGACUGUAUGCAUGCACUGAAUACGCUGGUGCGAUUUUAUAAACUGAAGAAAUUGUUCUGUUAAGUGAUCAUUGAGAAUCUGUUUUGUUUGAUCUUUUUAAUGUAGACAAAUAAUUUUGGUAUAGUUUAAAGUGUCUGAACCAAUAUGACUUUUGACAGUUCUAGGCAUCCAAACACGUUGUAUCUCAGUGCCUGUGUGUAGUCAAUUCUGUACAAUUUUUGAAAGAGGACUUGUUCAUUGAUUAUUACGGCAGAUAGAAUUCAAAGUUUUUUAUGUGGUAGAUCAGUUUUUUGAUGAAUUUGAUAUAGAUUGCUUUGUACAGUUUGGAAAGUAGACAGUGUGGUGUUGUUACAGCAAGUGUGAGAGAGGAAGUGUU